AUGAAGACAUCUUUCGCAAUUAUCACUGCAUUUUGUUACGUGGCUGCUCUUGCCAGUGCCGAAGAGACUGCUGUCCAAGACGCUACGAAUGUUGAAGCUGAGCCCUUGCCACUCGAUGCUGACGCUUUAGCUGAAGCGGAGAAUCAAGAGCGCUCCGGUAAUUUCCGGGGGGAGUAUCGCGGCUACGGUGGAGGGUAUGGUGGCUAUCGUGGCGGUUAUGGCGGUUAUGGAGGUCGCGGAGGUUAUGGUGGCUACCGCGGAGGGUACGGAGGUUAUGGCGGUCGUGGUAAAUGGUAA